AGAAUCCCCCAAACAAUGCGAUCUCUUUUCGUCGUGGCCCUGCUGGUAGCCUCGGCCUUCGCCGCCGUCCCGCGGACCAAUCAGUCAAAAGCCAACCUGCAAACUAGUCGUAGGCUGCUGGAGCAGCUGGUGACUCGUGGAAUGCCCCAAACGCCGCGCAAACCCAUAUCAGAUACCCCUUCCAAGCGCAUCGUAGUCGAGAACUUUUUCACGACCCGCAUCGAUCACUUCGACCCGCAGAACACGGCCGAGUGGACGCUGCGCUAUCUGGCCGUCACCGAUUACUACCAACCCGGGGGACCCAUCCUGAUCUGGCUCGGUGGCAACGCACCCAUCCAGCCGUACAUGGUCGACGAAUCGUCGCUGAUCUACGACAUGGCCCGCGAGAUGCAUGGAGCGGUGAUUGCGUUCGAGUCGCGCUUCUACGGACAGAGCUGGGUGACGAACGAUACAAGCACCGAGAACCUGCGCUUCCUGAACACCGACCAGAUUCUGGCCGAUCUCGCCGAGUUUGUCAACUACCUGAGGCGUGAAGUUACGCGUAACGAGUACGCCCACGUGCUGGUGUCCGGAUUAGGUUACGGUGGAUCGCUUGCCACGUGGUUCCGGGUGCGCUACCCGCACCUUGCGGACGCUGCCUGGUCCUCCGGUGGACUGCACAACGCGCUGAUGGACUUCCAGGAGUUCGCCGAGGCUUGGGGCCAAACGCUGAUCGACCACGGCAGCCAGGAGUGCUACAACGAGAUCUUCGUAGCAUUCCACGUGAUGCAGAACCUGAUCGAUGCCGGACGGGAGGAGAUUCUGCACGAAAGAUUGAACCUAUGUACCGAAAUCGACACCGAAGAUCGUCUGCAGGUGCAGUUCUUCUUCAUCACCAUGAUGACUUCGAUUGAGCUGUACACCCUGGGAACUCUUAACUUAAAUUCCUUCUCCGAGGUAUGCAACGACCUGACCGGCGUCGACGCGCCAACCGCGCUAGACUCCUUCGCCGACUGGUUCAACAACCAGUUCCACGCCCAAGACGACUGUGCCGUCAUCGACCCUGACACCUUCAUCGACUGGCUGCGCGACGAUGACUGGUACUCCCCGUUCGUCCAGAUAGGCGCCCGCCAGAUCUUCUACCAGGAGUGCACCGAGUUCGGGUGGUUCCUGACCACAGAUUCUGACCUGCAGCCGUUCGGCAACCGCGUCACCGUUGACGCGUACUCGGAGCUGUGCACGCGCGUCUUCGGCGAUUGGAUCUCGUUCGAGUCGAUCUACCGGGGAACGCAGCGGGCCAACAACCGGUUCGGAGCGUUGACCCCCAACGUGAACAACAUUCACUUUACCAGCGGUGGUGAGGAUCCGUUCCGAAUGUUGAGCAUCCGGAACGAUUUGAACGCCCAGGCGUUGCACGAUCUGAUUCCGAACGAGCUGAUCGGGUCCGAUGUGUGGGCCAUCUCGGAUUUGGACUCGGAGGAGCUGGUGGCCGUCAAGCGACGGUUGAAGUCGGUGCUGGCCAACUAUCUGUUCCCGCAUGGGCCGAGGCAAACGCUGGUGGAGAAUUAGAUAACAAAAUAUAAGAUAUUGUUAAGACAAUAAAAUUUAUUGAAUUGUGA